AUGAGUUGCUUUAAAAUCCCUGACUCUCUAUGUGAUGAGAUGACUAGUAUGAUCCAAAACUUUUGGUGGGGUAGAAAGCGAGAUGAGAGGAAAAUGGCUUGGCUUAGUUGGGAAAAACUUUGUGAGCCUAAAGAAGUGGGUGGUAUAGGUUUUCGAGAGUUGAAACAAUUCAAUCUUGCUUUGCUUGCUAAACAGGGAUGGCUGUUGCAAACUAAGAGGGAUUCCCUAGUGUACCGAGUUUACAAAGCUAGAUACUUUCCCCAAACUGAUUUUGUUCAUGCCUCUGUUGGUCAUAAUCCUUCAUAUGCUUGGAGGAGUACUAUGGCGGCUUAA